UACUGCAGAAUCACUCUUGGACGUGGAGGGUAUUAGCCACCCAAAUCUUUUCAAAUGGGCCCCGUCGCCUAGCGUAUACUCCCCAAAAGCCUCGCCGACUUAGUUGUAAAGGGUGCUAAAUAACAUCAGCACGAACGGAUUUUAAAAAGGGUUUCCAUCUAAGGUACGUCUGUGAAGAUCGGAAAAUGGCAGCAAUCCCAGCCAGCGGAUCCCUCGUUGCUACGCACGACUACUACCGAAGGCGCAUUGGAUCUACAUCCAGCAGCAGUUCGUGUAGCAGUUCGGAGUACAGUGGAGAGGUCAUUCCACACCAUCCAGGGCUGCCCAAGCAGGACUCGGGCCACUGGUGGUCCAGUUUCUUCUUUGGGAAACACAACCAGCCUGGGAUGACCACUCUGGCAGAAGAGGCCCAGCAGAAGUCGGGGAUGAUGAGCGUGAGCUGUGUUGCCCGGGAGAUGGUGAUGCGGCAGGCAAGCGAGAGCAGCGAUGCUGGGAAGGCUGAGGCGGGGAGCCCGCCCCCUUCCUGAGGGCGGGGGGUCAUACGCUAGGGGAUGAACGUGGCCCAUUUUUUUGUUUUUAUUUUGUUUUGUUUUGUUUGUCUGUUUUUUUGUUUUCCUCAUUGGUAGAACAGGCUGCUGCAUGUAGUAAUUAUUAUUUUUUUUUUUGUUAUUCAUUUUAUAUAUAUAUAUAUUAAAUAAAACUUAAAAUACAAAAAAAUGUUUUGUACGUUUUUACACAUCUGUAACACUGGUGGAUUUAAAUAUGUUUUUUGUUACUACUUUUAAGUGUGUCACCCUGUGUUGACAGAGAAAAAUAAAAUAGAUUUAUGCAGCCUAA